AUGGCUAAAAGAUUAAGCUCGAAGCUCUUCGUCAGCAGAUUAUCAUCAUACACCACUAGUGAAGCACUCAGGCAGAUGUUUUCACCUUUUGGAGAUGUUACAGAAGCUAGGUUAGUUAUAGACCGUGAAACUCAAAGGCCCAAAGGUUUUGGUUUUGUGACAUACAAGUCUGAGGUUGAGGCACAGAAGGCUUUGAAGAUCAUGGAUCGCAGGAUGGUUAAUGGGAGGCUACUUUCUGUUGAAGUUGCAGAGACUGAAAGACAUUCAGAGGAUAUCAGCUCUUGA